CGGGAAGACACACAAAAUGGACAGAUCAGCUGCAGGGAGGCUCACAGGAGGGCCACACAUGCAGCCAUGAUGCGUUCUCUUCGUCUCUCUCUCUUCCCACCGCAGCUCGCGGGAGGAGAAGAGGGUCUCCUCUCCGGGCUCUCUCUCCGCCCGUGUCGCCGACGUCAGUUGAAGCCAGCGUGCCCGCCGAGCCAAAAGAGAAGACGCGUGUUCUCAACAAGUCAGAGAAACGACGUCGCCUGUGACUGAGUCUGCAGUCAUGUCAGGAAAGAUGGUGUCACUGUGCAUUGUGUUGAGCCUCCUGGCUGCUGUCCCUGCCCAUUCCUGGAUAUCGGGCGCCCUCCUCUUGGUAAGGACCAUGGAGGAAGGAUCAUCAUUAUGUGUCCUUCAUCUUGCUCAUCUUUGUCUGAUGUGCACGUUGAUGCAGCCUGUUUCGGCAGGGACGGCAGACUCGCCGCCGUAUCUCAUUGUGCUCGGUGUUAUGAACGGGGAAAGCAAGAGCGUUUCGCUGUCUGUGCAGGUAAGUACAACAGACAGAUGGCGCACCACACGUAUGGAUCAUGCAUGGGUGUGAUCUGGGGUGUGCCAUUCAGAAUUUCGGUCCUGGCAGCGUCACCCUGACGACCGUCGAUGAGAGCAACGACGUCAUCUCAUACACGGCCAUAGAACAAGAUGACUCUUUCAUCAGAACGACGCCUUUCGGCGUGAGCAGUGAGCCGACCUUCAUCUUUGAAGCGGCGAAUGGCACAGAGGUGUUCCGGCAGACAGUCAAGAACGAUCUGAAGUACACUCCCAUCGCCCCGAACCAGGGCGCAAGCCUCCUUAGCCUCAAGCUCACGAUGAACGACUUCAUGGUGAUCACUUUCGGCAACCCAAUGCCCUUCGACCUUCUGGCGACCAUGGAGCACCAGGGCGACCCAGUGGAUGGCUCUGGGACGGUGAUUCAGCCGACUGCCUCUUCCACAUCAGGCUGGCUGCAGCAGACCUACCUGCAGCGACUGAGUGAGGGGGAUGAUUUCUAUGUGUCUAUGGUGCCAAAGGACGAGAGCGAUGGGACGGGCGUCGUGGUCUUUGCGGCCGUCAAGAACUGGCGCCCAUUCGCAAAUGCACCGAGAAGGACAUUGAGAAGCGAGGGAAAUGCAGCUAGCCAGGGAGGUUUUGAAAUGGGCGCCUAAGCAGACACACCUCUUCCUCUCUCUCUAUCUCUUUCCCCUUGUUUCACUUAUUGCUCUGCACUGAGGCUCGCACGGGAAGCGAGGCGCAAUCGGCGUCUCAAGCGCCCGUUCUCGUCGUGUUGCGUAGGUCGGUGGGCGAGUGUAGGCUCUGUGUUUUUUGUGUCUAUCUGUAGACAGUGCAAGUGUCAGCAGCCGAGAAGGGACGGAGCAACAAUGCCGUGAAUGUUUGGCUGGUGUCUUUCGUUGCGUGCUGUGCUCUUGGUUUGCUUGUCUGCUGAGAUGGAUGCGAUGCGGUCAGUGGCCGCCGUUUUUUAGCUUUCUUCUUGACAUUGAUGUGUUUGUGUCCUAUGUCGGUCUUGGGAGGGAGGCCUUGGUUGUGAGGCCCUGACAUAUGUGUCGCUCUGUAUGACCGUUCCAUGACAUUGCCUUAACGGCGGCAGUCGUGCAAGAAAUGUUGUGUGCACAAUCAGUGUUAAUCGC